UAAAAGCAUCAAAUUCUUUAUUAGGAGUGUGCAACGAAAUAAACCCGCGAAAAAACAUGUCCUAAUAGAUGAUCCUGACCAUUGUGUUCUGAAUUUACACUAAAUCCGUCGUUUUUCUUUGGAAUAGUUUGACACCAAUGGACUUGUGGAAAAUUUUUGGAUUUAAUAAGUGCAGUAUUAUCGGACAAUAAUAAUGGCACUAGAAGCACUUUUACCUUCCGAAAUAGCUCGAUUAAUUUAUGGUUACCUUAUGGAAGAAAAGUGUAUAGAAACAGCUAAAACCUUUCUUAACGAAUCUCCAAACUUACAAGAAUGUCGUAAUGUCCUGUCUUAUGGAAAACAUUUUACUACUCGUGUAUGUGGAUAUGCAUUAUGGGAUAUUUUGGAAAAAUUUUGUAUUAUAAAUUCUAUUGUACAGGAAAAGAUUGAUAAAUGUGAUAAUACAGAUAAAUUAAGACAUUGCUCUGAUCUAAUUAAUCAAAUUAAAUUACUAAUCGAAGAAUACAAAGGUCAUAAAUUUUUAACAAAUAUUGUUACCACACCCACACAGAAUCAAUCUACAGUUACAAAUGAAUCAUUUGUAAAAUCACAUAGGAGGCAUUCUAGUUCUAAAGAUGAAGAUGAAGUAAAGCAUAUAGAAGAAACGCCUGAUAAGGGGUUUAAAACUCACACAGAAACAAAUUUUAGUCCAAUUCAAAACAGUUAUAAAACAGAAACUACAUUAUUAAAAAAUUUACCUGGAUAUAUCAAAGAUUUACAAACGGAGCAGUGUGAAACACUGAAGUUAAAAUCUCCAAGAAAAUCAAGAGAAAUUUCGAAAAUAGACAAUAUUUUGCAAAGUGAAGAAUUACAUGAAAAUGUUAUAUUACAAGAAAUAAAAAAUAAAAAUCACCAUUUACCUGACCAAAGUAGAUUAGAUAAAAGUACUAUGACUAAUAGAAUAGAAGAGAAUUUGAAAAAUAAUAAAUAUUCUCAAAUACAAGCUGGUAAUAUUUGUUCUAAUGAUUUACAAGUUUCACCAACUGAUGAAUGUAUUGAACUUUUAAGUGAUUUAACUUUAGAACUCUUAAAUCGUACAGAAAUACAAGAAAUAAUAGCUGAUAAUAUAAAUAGAAUAUUAGAGCCAGUAAAAUCAAAUUUGCACAAUAAAUCUAAUGAGGAUUCCAAAGAAGAAUUAAAUAAAUCCUUUAUUUUAGAAUUUAAUAAAGCUAUAGAAGUAGCAGUGAAUAAGACUGAAAAUGAUCCAGAAUUUCUUGAUUUAUUGAAUGAGAUAAUACCAAAAGGUGAAGAAAUUUUGAACACAGAUCAAAUUGAACUAAAUAAUAGAAAUGUAAAUAAAUUUCAAAAAGUUGAAUUAGUUUCUAAAGAAAAAGUGACUGAAAAUAGUAUUGAUAUAAAAACAAUAAGUUCGCAAAUGUUCGAUCAAAGUACAUGUUACGUUUUAGAUAUACAGAAUACUAAUAAAAUAAUGAAUGUAGAACAUGCUGAUUUGUCAAACACUGAUAAGUGUGUUAUUGAAUCGACAGAAGUUAAACAAGUAGAUUUAAUUAAAAAAAAUUCUAAGAUUCCUGUGAGUGAUGCCCGAAAUAGUUUAUUGAAUCCAGAAAAAUAUAUGAAAUCACCAUAUAUUGAUUUGAAUCCUAUAGAAUCAUCAACUGUACAACAAAAAUCUCUAUAUAAAGCUAAUAAUUUGUUUUCUUAUAAUAAUAUAACAUCAACACCCAUUAAAACAUCUGCAUCAAUACAAAAUUUGGACACAUAUGACUGGUUCUCAACUCAAGAAUUACUCAAACCAAAUAUUCUUUAUCAAAAAGAUGAUACUGCUAUGCCUUCUAAAACAAAUACUUACACUGCUUGUGAAACAAUUGUGACUACUGUGGCAUCUCAUAUAUCACCUAUAAUUUCUAAAGAACAAACUUUACACACACCUGAUACACACUCACCAAAAAUGAAAGUAUCGAACAGUAUAUCAUCUGCAUUUCCCAUAAACAUUGUAUCUAAAUAUAAAACGCCAUUUUCACAAAAAAGCUCUGAAGUAUUAGAUGAAUUACUUAAUCUUCAUAGUUCACAAAAAUCGAAUGGAAAUAUCGACAAUUUAUCACCGCUUUUAAAAGAUAAUAAUGAAUAUAACAAAUAUUUUAGUAUAGAAUCAAUCAUGUUAUAUGGUAUGGACAACAAUUUAAGUACUGUAAAAACUCCAUUAAUUAUACCUGAAAUUGAAGUAGAGGACUCAAUUACACUAACGGGUACUGGUCUUUCACCAUUUUUAAAAAUACAUAAAAAAUCUACAGAGACAACUGAUAAUUUAAAUGAGAAAAAUGAUGAAAAAGUAAAAUAUUUAGGGAAUAGACAAUCUGAUGAACUUACAUCUUCAGAUGAAAAAAAUUAUUUAACCAAGAAACCUGAUGAAUCUCACAUAAUAGUUGAAAAAAAUAGUAAAGAAAUAUUCACAAAUCUUAGGUAUGUUAAUCGUUAA